GUAUUUAGUUCUACCCGUAAAAACGUCGCCAUAUUCAAGGAAGAACGGACGGGCUACGGAAAGUUUACCGUACCAGCGUUAGACUACAUUUUUUCAUAUCGAAUUUUCGUUAAAGUCAAUUGUCAAGAAUGAUUUCAUGACAUGGCUGAUUCAGGAAGUCAACCACCUAGAUGUCCUUGCGGAUUUUGGGGGUAAAAAUCUUGUUCAUAAAUUCUUAUCCUACUUCGAUAGGCCUAAACUAUUUAAUGUUUCAGUUCUGAGGCGACGGCCGGCCUUUGUUCGAAAUGUUUUAAAGGUAAAUUUUGUGCGGCAGCUGUACUUUUUGUAUAAUGGGCUUUUAAAUAGUCAUUUGUUGCAUUUCGUUGAUUUUUAUUAUGUUUUGUGCAUAGUGUGAAUAUCAGGUCGCGCAUGCGCUGUGAAUAUCAAUACGGAAAAUACUUCUUAUUAAAUUAUUUCAAAAGCCUGAAUUAUCAUGGAAUUAUAAGCAUUGUAUUAUAUAUAAAGGGAGAGAAAAAAAAUUAGUCUUUAAAAAAAGGGUAAUAGUAUAAUUAGUGAUGGAGUAUCAAGAGGAAUUCAACUAAACAUUCUAUAAAGAAAGCUUUUAAUUCGUAACGAAAAAACAAAUUUCAAAUACUAAAAAAUUAGCAUUCGCUUUGUUCCUUAAUUCGUUCGCAUAUUUUUUAAUCAAAGGAUACUAAAAAAUGCCACGCAAAUAAAGUUCGUUUAAGUACUUUUAACCUAUAAAAUAUGAACACUUGUUCUACUUUUAAAUGUAUAUUUAUACUUAGAGGCAAAUUAUAAUUCUUUUUCCUCUUUUCCUCAACCGCCUAAAAAAACCAGCAACCUAAUUUUCUUUUUAGAAAGUACUGGAUUUAACUCUUACCCGAAUACUUUGAGUGUUUCUAUUACACAAAGAGGGCAAUUAUGGUUUUUCUACUUUAUUCUCUUUCUUUUAAUGUAAUAAAACAUUUUCUUCAUUAUUUAUACAUUUAAAACAAGCAUUUAUGUUAAGGAUAUUAAAGUUUUGGCUAUUAAGAUUUAUCGUCUUUUCAAAGUAUUUUUGAUGAAAUGCUUUCGCGCUGCAACAAUAUGAUAAAACGAUAGAUUUUCUUUAAACGAUAUAAAUGUUUAAUAUUUUGCAUUUUUUUAAUCAGGAUAGAAGAAUAGAUCUUUAAAAAUAUCUGAUUUAGAGAGGAAGCAAUAUGUAGACUAUAUGCUUUAUAUACAUAUAUAUGUAUAAGUACAUUCGUAGAUAGACAAAUAGAUAGAUAGAAAAAAGUUUUAAUUAAAAGGCGUAUUAUUAAAAAUUAUUUCAUUUUUCUUUGUCUAAUAGAACGACAGGAAACCUCAGAACCAGCUCAAACGCCUAGAACAUGCAGCGAAGACGCUCUUCGCCCAACUUCUUCCGAUGUAGGAAAACGCCAUAUGGAAUCACCUCUAGGGGGUCAAAUGAACCCCGAAAAAAGAAUAAAACUAGACUGUAAUGUGUCCAAAGAAGAAAUUAAUAAUACCAAAGAAAAAGAAGAAGAGAAAGAAGAAAAUGAUAAACAAACCACUCAACAAAAAGAUGAAACAGGCGAGAAGGAUAAUAACGUAGAAAAUAAAUCUCUGGAUGAUUCAAAAAUUGGUGCUAGUGAAAGUAUACCAAGCACAACAUCAACAAAUCAGAAAGAAAGUGUAUUAAAAAAGCGUUGUAACGAAUGCCGUAUCAAACUGAACCCGGCCCUUCGAGAAAUUGGUAGAUGUAAAUGUGGGAAAGUAUUUUGUCAAUUACAUCGCCUCCCCGAACAGCACAUAUGCGAGUUUGACCAUAAAGAAGAGGGACGUAGGGAAGCUCGCCAAAAGAUGGUGAAUCCAGAAAAACAGAUGGGAAAUAACAUGGAGAGGCUCCAAUAAUUAAACUGAUUUUAGACAUUUUUCAUCUGCUCCAAACCGAACAAUUGGUUCACAGCCAUUCUUGCAUAUUGAUCCUUAAUUUUGUAAAUUAUCUUGUAUAUGACUUACGAGGAGAGGUAUAAUAACCUAGUAGUUACAGAAAAAAAAAUUUGCUAUAAAAAAAAAAGAAACUUUUAGGAUCAUUCAUUUUUGUAAAUUGUACAGAUAUCGUGUUUUCGGUAAUGUUAAAAAAAUUUUCAAUUUUCAGAAAAAUUCUAUGUAAAUUUGUUUAUUUAUGAUCUAUAAGCACAAGGUUUGCCUUUGGUCUCAAAAUUUUUGUUAGUUCAUUAAAUGUGUUGUGUGCGGCAGGUUACAACAAGAUUAACACACUAUGUAAAUUUAUAACCAUCUUGCUGUAUAUAUAUCUAAUUAUAUAUACACCCUAUAUUGUUGUACUUUUUGUUCUCAUUUUCAAAACUAUCAAUAUCUUUCUUCUUGAUAUAUACAAAAGGAUUGGUUAGAUAAAUUAAAUGGGAAAGGAAGAGAAAAUAUUCAACAUUGAAAGUUAAGGAUUUUCCAAUCGAAAAAUGUGCGUAUAUAAGAAGUAUACAUGUUAGUUGUAAGCAUAGGUCUUUCGAGAUGUAUAAAAGUAUAUUUUAUAUAUAUAUAUAUAUAUAAUAUAUAACAUAUAUAUAUAUAUAUAUAUAGAAUUUCUAUAGAGUAUUCUAAAUACUUUUUCUUUAAAACUAGACUUAUCAUUUGAGUUAUCUUUAAGAAAAGUUAAUUUUUUUGCCUUUUUUUUCUUUCUCUUUGAACUAUAAAUUAAAAUCUAUUUUAACCUGCUGUAAAUGAGAUAAAUAUCGAAAAAAGUUUAUUCAAAUACUAUGUAUAUUUUUUUUGUGAUACGAGAAGUGAUAAAGAGAAUCUUUAGAUAAAAUAAUACUUAAAAAAAAAAAAAGAGGAGAAACUUAACAAUAGAACAUCAAAUUGGUUAGAUAGUAUUAUUUUUUUUUUCCUCAAUGAAUUUACAAAGUUAUUGUUUUUCUUUUUCAUUGAUAAUAUCAGUUUAGUUUUUGUUUUCUCUCCAUUUCCUGGGAGAGAAGAGCGUUUGGAAAUUGUCAAUUUUUUGGUUGUUUAUUAUCAAUACGACGUGCAUUUUAAUCAAUUUUGUCGUUCUAGUUUUGUAACUCGUUAUAAUAUAAAUGAUUAUAAUUCUUGUUUUUCCUUGUAGAAAGAGAAAGAGAAAGAGAGGAGUCAACAUUUUUUUUUAUUAUUUGUUUCUUUUUUAAAUCUUGUAUAUUCUUUUUUUUUGUAUUUCUCUUUUUUUUGAUGUGACGGUGUUGGGAGUUGUCUGAAUGGGACCAAGUAAAAAAUAUAUUUUACUUGCCCAAGGCUCUUUAGAGACAAAAAGGUAAUAAAAACAAUACUAAAAAAAGAGUUAUUUUAUAUAUCUUGUUCUGCACUUUGCGGGACAAUAAUAUUGAAUUCCAAAGUAUAUUUACUCUCUUAUUUUUCCAUUUAUUCAUGUACCUGACAAAACGAUUUUUACACUCGAAUUUAUAGCCAUUCUCUUUAUUUAAUCUCUUUUUAACAACAUUAAAAGCAAAAAAGAUACAAUUCUCUAAUAAGAUACAUUCUAUAGUCUUUUCUCCUCUUUCUCACUCUUUCUCUCUCUCUCUCUCUCU